AUGUCGCACUGGAGGAUGGCGUCCUGGUUCUUCCUUCUGUGCCUUGCGAUAUGGACGGUAACUCCUGCCGUUGCAAUCGCCACGAACACCGAUAUUCCCGAUGAGGUUGUCGACUCUAUCCCGACAUGUGCCAGAGCUUGCUUCAGGUCCUACAUUUCUGACAACUUCAAUGCCGACGGGUGUGGAAACACCCUAAGCUUAUCUUGUCUUUGCCGGCAGCGUGCGCAGUCGGGAUACACCGUCGGUGAAGCAGCCGUCUCGUGUAUCGUAGGCGAGACCAAGUUCGGCGCAUGUAAAGGCCAAGAUACUGAAAGCGCCACAAAGGCUGCUUACAGGAUGUGCGCAGGAGUUACAAAUGCAGCAUCCCCAACUCGUGGUACUAUUGCUGCUACGCUUCUCUCAACAGGAACAGUGUCUUCGACUCUUCCUACUAUCAUCGCUAGUUCCAUCACAACAGGGACGAUCACCUUAUCACGAACGACGUCACUGUCAACUACAACAACCUCGGCUAUCACUCAAGAAACGUCAUCUACAGCUACUCAGUCUUCAGCAGCGUCCUCUUCUGAACCAACAUGGGCAACGCUUCCUCCAUCCGACGGUACGGAAGAGAAUGAGGAAGAGGAGUCGAGCAACAGCUCGAAACUCAGCAGCAAGCAGGUUGUAGGGAUUGUUUUUGGAUGUGUCGCCGUAGUGAUUUUCGGUAUUUUGAUGGUACUCCUCGCUCGAUGCGUCAGACAGAAGAGAAUGGGCGAUCUCGAGGCCGCCUACAACACAGGCUUCGCCAAGCUCAGGGAAUCUGUCAGUAUGAAGAGAAAAAUUAGUACUAGCACAACUCCUAAUCUCCCUCCGCUCGAAAUUUCCAGUCCAAUACCCCGCAUCAGGACGCCGAGGAAUACGGACAACAGUCUUCCAUGGCACACAAAUGCUGGCCUUGGUGUUGCCACGAUCAGUUCAAACCCGGUGCCGAAACCGCCGUCAGCCACGAAUUCUCAUUCUGGCAGUCCUGCUCCUGCGACUACAAUCCAGGCAGUAUCAGCCACAGCUGCCACGGGUGAAGAAGAUGCCCGCAAGAUUCCCCAAAUCAUGCUCAGCUCUGCAACCUCUUCGCCCAGCAUCAAGGAGAGAAGGCAAAGUCCUCCUAAGCCGACACUAACCAUUAACAUCCCGAAAGUGUCAACCUCAAACCCAGCUAUGCGCAUCCCAGACAACAAACGCGAGAGCGUGGUGACCGAAUUUGCUGAAGACGGAGAGGAUCUUCCCCCUGGAACUCCUAUCUGGCGGCCACCCGUGACGGAUCCUCAAUCGGCAACGACUUUUUAUUUUGCUGACAAGGCAGGAAAUUGGGUUCUUCGCCACACAUCUAACCGGCAGAAGAUGGAGAACAAUGAUGACCGGUCGAGAAGGCCCCCGGUGCCUCGUAAGAACACAUCCCCUAAAGCUGGUGCCUCACAGCGGCCUUUGGUUGGACUUCCUGGCCAGAACCAGCCAACAGAAAUGGGUAGUACAAAUGUCCAUCAAGACUUUUCUCCUCCCAGCGCUGCCCCUUCUCCGCUCAGGGUUCCGAGCAAACUUGGCAAGGGUAAACUCGGCUCACCUAUCGCUUUCAAAGACCAACGCCGAAAAACAACGCUGUCUAGCCCGGAUCCAUCUCUAAGGUUGUCACAGACAGCCGAGACACUCGAGUCUCCACCUCCGGUCAACAACAGCAGCAACAAUAACGGUCUUGGUUUGAUGGGCGAGGGAAGGAGCUUGACGCGAGGUGAAUCACAGCAGCGUCCGCGAGCAGCUCGUCGGGUUUCUGAGUCUUCCGCAACGUCUAUUGAAUCAGCUGCGGCAGAGGACAUCGUUGGAGAUGGUCGUCAAGAUGGUCAGGGUUUGUCGCCCGUGGUAGAGGCUGAAUCACCGAAGACACCAAUUUCGCCUGGCAAGUCUCCCGUGAAGUACCCAAAGAUCCCGAAGCCCAGCAACAAUGGGGUUGCAUCGGGGCAGGACUUCACCCCAGCUGUCAAGCAAUAUAGCUGGACUGCUUGGAAUCCUUCAAAGCAUCCUAACGCGAUCGGAAACGGCGUGCUGCUCAAGCAUAGAAGGAAUCUGUCGUCUGCGAAGCCAGAUGAUUCUUCUAAUUGGCCGUGGAACGCUCCUGAACCCGGUCCUGCGUGCAGCCGCAAGACUUCCCACCAAUGGAUGGCCUCUCGGGACAACAAAAAGCAGUGGCAGAAUCAUUCCACUCUGGAGCAACAGUAUUGGGAGCAUCAGCGGCAGAUCGGCAAUCCUGCUUCCUACUGGAACCAGGAAACCCAUUCUACUCGCCGUUAUGAUGGCCCUGAACAGCGACAGCCGACACCUCCCAGGCAGCAACGGGACAGGACCCCGCCGCCACCGCAGCAAGACCAACAACAACCGUUCUAUCGGCCAUAUCAAUCAUAUCACUACUCAUCAGAGACUCAGCACCAUGACAAGCUCCAGCACCAGCUGCAACGCUUCCCCGUUCGCCCAGCCCAACUUCCGACCCCGGCUCCAACCCCUCAGAUGUCUAUGGCGUCUUCUCCCGCCUUGUCAUCCAUCAAGCUCCGCGAAAGAGACAUCACCCCGAACACCAUGACCACAGCGAUCUCCACAAGUCCCAGGGCCACUCCCUCCCCGAAGGCCUCGACAGCGCAAACCAGCCCGGCGGCGAGCUCUCUCCUCGCCAAGCGACGUGGUGCCGAGAAGGCAGCCGCCCUGACGCUCUACAGCAACGGCGGCAGGAACAGUAGUUCCGAGAGCGUUACCGGCAAGCGGACCAAGUGGGUUAAGGAAGGGUCAUCUCCUUCUAGCCAAAAGCAGCCGUCUUCGGCUCCAGCAAUCUCUCUGUUAUCAGGAGGAGGUGCCACUGAGUCGGUGAUGGUCGUUUCUCCGCUAUCUGAGCCGGAUCAUGGUCUAUACGGCCCGGUGCCAAUUACUCCUGGCUGGGUGCCGGAGCUGACGCCGACAAGGAGGGGCGACGAUUUGGUGUUGGAUGUGAAAUAA